UCUUAAAUUGUACAUUGGGAUCAAUUUGUUCACUGGGUAGGCUAUCCAUGAGGGCACAGAAGUACACAUUACAUGGUCAUUGGCUCCAAACAUCAACAGCAACUGGUCGGCUUUCAAUGGAGGAACCAAAUCUCCAGUGUGUUGAACAUAUGGUUGACUUUAAAAUGAAUAAGGAUGGAAAUGGAAACAAAACUGAUAUUGAUCAAUUCAACAUCAAUGCUCAUGAAUACUUCAUUCCUACUCAGGACAACUGGUUACUGUUAACUGCAGAUUAUUCUCAGAUCGAAUUGCGUCUGAUGGCACAUUUCUCUAAAGACUCUGCACUCAUUGAACUCCUUAAUAAUCCCCAUGGUGAUGUCUUCACCAUGAUAGCAGCUAGAUGGACUGGUAUUUCAUAAGAGUCUGUUAGUUCCCAUGUACGAGAUCAGACUAAAAGGUUGGUGUAUGGCAUUCUUUAUGGAAUGGGUGCUAAUAGCCUUGC